CUCAUAAUCCAGACCAAACUCACUCGGAAAGUGGAUACAUUUUUCCCGCUGUUCUACGAGACCUCACCAUUUCCAAUUAUUUUCAGCCAAACAAUUCGCUUCAGGAAAUCAGUUCCAGAUCCACCUCUAGCCUACCAUGUCUGAACCAGGUUCUGGUUGUGGUGUUCCAGCCCAGAGAAGCUCACAGCGGGGUCCAGAGUUGCUGUCAGUGAAGCUGGGGGACUGCAAUCAAACAGUGGAACUCAAUGUGAUUGUCAAAGAGGAGGAGGAGGAGAGAGAAAUCAAUGAGGGGGAGGAGGAAGAGCGAGAGGAGGACAGGGCCUCUGUUGACUCAGGAGAGAGCCCCAACCCAGACUCAGUCAACAAGCCCAGUUCCACAGCAUCAAUACUACCUGGCCGUGGGAGUUACCCCUGUCCUCAAUGUGAGAAGAGUUUCAGUUCCUCAACUAACCUAAAGAAUCAUCAAAGAGUGCACACUGGAGAGAAACCUUUUGACUGCUCAACAUGUGGGAAGAGUUUCAGUGAGAAAGUAAACCUUAAGAGACAUGAGAGAGUACAUAGUGGAGAGAAGCCUUACCACUGUACCACAUGUGGGAAGAACUUCAAUCAUUCAGGAAGCCUUAAGCAACAUCUGCGAAUACAUACAGGGGAGAGACCUUACCAUUGCUCUCUUUGCGGGAAGAGUUUCAGUCGGGCAGGAGACCUGAAGACUCAUCAGAGAUCCCACAGCGAAGAGAAGCCGUACCACUGCUCUCUUUGUGGGAAGAGUUUCAAUCAGCCAGGAAACCUAAAAAGUCAUCAGCGAAUACACAUUGGAGAGAAGCCUGCCUGUGCUUUAAAUUUGAUUGUCAAAGAGGAGGAGGAUGAGAAGGAAAUCGAUGAGAAGGAAAAGAGAGAAGUUGAGGAAGAGGAAGAAAAUAGUGGUGUAAUUAACCUAGGUACAUCAAGACUUCCUGGUCGUGGGAGUUACCCCUGUCCUCAAUGUGGAAAGAGUUUCAGUUCUUCAGGUAAUCUAAAAAAUCAUGAGAGAGUACAUACUGGGGAGAAACCUUUCCACUGUGCCACAUGUGGGAAGAGUUUCAGUGAAAAAGUCAACCUCACGAGACACGAGAGGGUACAUAGUGGAGAGAAGCCUUACCACUGCACCCAAUGUGGGAAGAGCUUCAAUCAUUCUGGAAGCCUUAAGGAACAUCAAAGAGUACAUACAGGGGAGAAGCCGUACCACUGCUCUCUUUGUUGGAAGAGUUUCAGUCAGCCAGGAAACCUUAAGAAACAUCAGAGAAUACAUACAGGGGAGAAGCCUUACCACUGCUCUCUGUGCGGGAAGAAUUUUCGUUUCGCAGGAGACCUAAAGAAUCAUCAGAGAUCACACAGUGGAGAGAAGCCUUACCAAUGCUCUCUGUGUGGUAAGGGAUUCACUCAGCUAAGAAUUCUUAAAAGUCAUCAGAGGAUACAUAUUGGAGAGACGCCUGUCUGUGCGUUCAAUGUAUUUCUCCAGGAGGAGGAGAGUGAGAGGGAAAUCAAUGUGGAGGAAAAGAGAGAUGUUGAGGAAGAGGAGGACAAUAGUGGUGUAGUUGACCCAGAUAUAUCAAGACUACUUGGUCGUGGUCGUUACCCCUGCCCUCAAUGUGAGAAGAGUUUCCGUUCCUCAAGUAAUCUAAAAAAUCAUCAAAGAGUACACACUGGAGAGAAACCUUUCCACUGCUCCCAAUGUGGGAGGGGUUUCAGUGAGAAAGUAAACCUUAAGAGACAUGAAAGAGUACAUAGUGGAGAGAAGCCUUACCACUGCACCACAUGUGGGAAGAGUUUCAAUCAUUCAGGAAGCCUUAAAGAACAUCAGAGAAUUCAUACAGGUGAGAAACCUUACCACUGCUCACUGUGCGGAAAUAAUUUCCGUUUUGCGGGAGACCUAAAGAAUCAUCAGAGAUCACACAGUGGAGAGAAGCCUUACCACUGCACUCAGUGUGGAGAGAGAUUCACUCAGCUAAGAAGUCUAAAAAGGCAUGAGAGAAUAUCCAUUGGAGCGAAGCCUGCCUGUGCUUUCCAUGUGAUUGUCCAAGAGGAGGAGGAGGAGGGAGGAGAGAGAGAAGUUGAGGGAGAGGAGAGUAACGUGAAAUAAAGGUGAAGUGAGGAUACUUAAGCUAACUCAAUAGCUAUUGAAAUUCACACCUUUCCUUGCAAUGGCAUCUUCUGUGACAACAUGGUCAUGGACAGCACCAUUUAGGGCUAUCUUCAUAUUCUUUUACUUCUAUGAGUGUAUUGGACGUUCACAAAUGAACUCAACUUGAAUACCACCACCACCUAAUGUGCUGGAGAGUGUAUUAAUCUGACCUUUAUUUUGACAGGGAGUCAAUACUGAGACCGAGGUCUCUUUUCCAGAUGAGGCCUGUAAUAGCACCACAAUACACAUUAAACUACCCAUUCAUAUACACAUGAAUACACAAUAAACACAUUCAACUACACAUUCGUAUGCACGUUAAAAUACAUGUUAUUGUACACAACAAUAUACGAAAACCAAAACAAACAUAUUCGGCAACAAGGUCUCAUAACAACUGUCUGAAAGGCCCUGAAGGCACUAAUUCCUGCAUUGUAGAUCAUUCCACACACAAGGCGCAAGGAAACGAAAGGCUGAUCAACUUAAAUCUCUAGACACCAAAGGAGUCUCUAUAAAGUUAAUAAAUCCUCUUUUUUUCCCCUCCAAUUUUCACCUAAAAUGACAUACCCAAAUCUAACUGCCUGUAGCUCAGGACCUGAAGCAAGGAUAUGCAUAUUCUUGAUACUCCCAGGAAUGAUGGAUCAUUAACUUAUACAUUAACUUUCACACAUCUAGAUGGCCGGGCAGGUUGGGUGUGGAGCCAGAGACAGCAGGGGUUUAACCUGGAGAACCCAGUUCCUAUAUUUAAAUAGAACAAUAACAAUUUAAUGUAUCAAAUAAAACUAUGCUACAUUUUAUCUCUGGCUGUGCUAAAUUUUUGUUGUUGUUAUGCAUUCUCCUCAAACAAUAGGAUAUGGUAUUUUUCCUCUAUAAUAGCUACUGUAAAUUGAACAGUGCAGUAAGAUUAGCAAGAAUUUAAGCUUUCUGCCCAUAUAAGACAUGUCUAUGUCCUGCAAAGUUUGCCGUUACUUACAAUAGUUAUGCUAAUCAAAUUAGCGCACAUUAGCACAACCGUCCCGGUAUAGGGACACCGAUCCCGUAGAGGUUUUUAACCAACCCUGUGAACGGGUUUGAGGCAGCUGCUCUUUUAUAAAUAGUAUCACCAUAAUUGAGAACAGGUAGACAGGUUGACUGCCAAAUCUGUUUCCUGCUGACUGUAGAGAGACUAGAUCUGUUUUUGUAAAAAAUAAAAAAAAAUAAAAAACAGCUCAUCGGUCUAGUUGGCCAUUGUGACGUCAUACAUUUCAUUGUAAACAUUGGAUGGUGAGAACAGAGGAUUUUUACCACCAGCCAAUGUGAUGACAUCACAGAAGCUCUCGCCAUUCACACUUCCUGCCAGUUCAUUGUGAACGCUUUAAAAUGUGAUGACAUCACAGAAGCUCUCGCCAUUCACACUUCCUGCCAGUUCAUUGUGAACGCUUUAAAAUGUGAUGACAUCACAGAAGCUCUCGCCAUUCACACUUCCUGCCAGUUCAUUGUGAACGCUUUAAAAUGUGAUGACAUCACAGAAGCUCUCGCCAUUCACACUUCCUGCCAGUUCAUUGUGAACUCUUUAACCUAUUUUAUAUCCAGCAAUGUUCUUCUUUCCCCAUUUUUUUUUUUUUUUUUUUUUUUAUUGCUCAAAAUAAGUGACCAAACUACAGGGUUUUUAGGGAAGGGUUUAGCAUGUCUAAACUGCUGAAGGUUUCCAAAAAGCACAGUGGUCUCCAUCAUUGGGUUCUGGAAGGGUUUAGCAUGUCUAAACUGCUGAAGGUUUCCAAAAAGCACAGUGGUCUCCAUCAUUGGGUUCUGGAAGGGUUUAGCAUGUCUAAACUGCUGAAGGUUUCCAAAAAGCACAGUGGUCUCCAUCAUUGGGUUCUGGAAGGGUUUAGCAUGUCUAAACUGCUGAAGGUUUCCAAAAAGCACAGUGGUCUCCAUCAUUGGGUUCUGGAAGGGUGUAGCAUGUCUAAACUGCUGAAGGUUUCCAAAAAGCACAGUGGUCUCCAUCAUUGGGUUCUGGAAGGGUUUAACAUGUCUAAACUGCUGAAGGUUUCCAAAAAGCACAGUGGUCUCCAUCAUUGGGUUAUGGAAGGGUUUAACAUGUCUAUACUGCUGAAGGUUUCCAAAAAGCAUAGUGGUCUCCAUCAUUGGGUUAGGGAAAAAAUAUGGAACUACCCAGAAUUGGCCUGGAGCUGGCCAUCUGACCAAUUUGAGCAACCGGGGCAAGAAGGACCUUGUUCAGGCAGGUGACCAAGAACCCAAUGACCACUGACGGAAUUCCAGUGUUCCUGGGCUGAGAUGAGAGAACCUGCCAGAAGGACAACCGUCUCCACAGAGCACUUUAUCUGGACUUAAUGGGAGAGUGGCCAGACGGAAGCCACUCCUAAGAAAAAGGCACAUGACAGCAGGCCUGGAGUUUGCAAAGAGGCACGUUAAAAAGACUCUGAGAGCAUAAAGGCAAAAAUAUUCUGUGGUCUGAUGAGACAAACAUUUUAACUAUUUGGCCUGAAUGCAAAGCUCUAUUUCUGAAGGGGAAAAAAACAGGAACAGUUCAUCAUUCGUCAAACACUAUCCCUACCAUGAAGCAUGGUGGUGGCAGCGCAAUGCUUUUCAGUGGCAGGUACUGGGAA